AUGGGUUUUUGCCUGGAUGGCUACUGGGGAGGAGUUAGAAUCCAUCAUCGGGCGCUUAUCUUUGAGGAGACUGAAUCAGUUCGCCAUUCCACCAGUUCGUUGAAUAUUACUCAUAUUGAUCCCUCCCUCACGAUUGUUGGGAAGCUCCACUGCCCGAGAGUAGUUUCUCAUGACUCCAUUGGCGCUCAUUGCCGGAAUAUUUGGUCUCUUCGCCAUGGAUUCACAGUGAAGCCUGUGGGUGACAACAAGGAUCAAGGUGAAUAUCAAUAUUCAAAAUUCUCUAAUAGGGUUCUUCAAUUUGAACAUGAAGGAAAGGAGAUCAAAAUCCCCCUACAGUACGAAAGGCUACCGGAGUUUUGCUACCAUUGUGGGAUUAUUGGUCACAUCGAAAGCGGUUGUCCGACGAGGCCACUUGCUGCCGGAAGUUCUGUUCUGCCACCACAGUAUGGUAGUUGGCUUAAGGCGACGGGUCACUGGAAUCCGUUUGUCUCACGACGUCCAGCACAUGAACCAGGCCCUUCCCACGUUCCUGAAGAUUCGGAUGACGAAACUAUUCCAUACCAUGACCGCCAAAGCCACUAUGUUGCCACAACAGGCAGAAACCGCACUCCAUUAUCCCACGUUCCUUCAACAUCCAACCCAAACCCUAAUUCCACCAACUCCCCUCCUGCUUCUUCGCCACUUCCAUGUGUCAAUCCUUCCUCCGAAAUGCCACCUUUAGCCUCUUUCCCGCCUCUUCCACAUACUGUUUCCCCCCCUGAUAUGCCACCUUCACUCUCUUAUCCCACCACAACACCAUGUCUAUCAACCCCUCUGUCUCUGCCAUCUAAAGGACAGUGUUCAUCAUCACCUGAUUAUGCCAAUGCUUCUUGUCCAGUUUUCAACGAUCCCCUUAACUCUCACAAUGCGGUGGAUGCUCUGAACUCUCCAAGCAACCCUCCAAACAUUGCUGCCAUCACACAUACUUCUCCAAAAAUCGGAAACCUCUCAUCACAAUCUCACAGUUUGCUCAAUAACUCAACUCACUCCUCCAAACUCCAUAUUUUACCAGCGUCACUGUCAAAAGAUUCUCCAUCAUCCUUGUCUCUGUCUUCCUCAAUCCAAGACCAUCAGAAUGUCCCAUGUUCCACAAUUCCACCUCCCCUCAGUCCUAAUUUAACGAUGGUUCCAAUGACCCUUGAUUCCACGAUUCCACCUCCCCUCACGCACUGUCAAACACCAACUUCUUCCUCCCUGAUUGACAAUGAAAUGAGUCCAGUUUCUGAUCAUUCCUCCACCCCAUUAGACCAACAGAAUGUCCCAAACUCCACAAUUCCACCUCUCCCCAGUCCCUAUUUGGUGACGGUUCCAAUGACCCUUGAUUCCCCUGCUAGGAAGGUAGCCCGUAGGUUUCAAACAGCUCGCUGUCGCAUUCUACGGAAUGAUUCUGUAAAUAUUCCCUCCUCAACUUCAGGAAAGCGCAAAUUGUUUCUGGACGAAUUCGAUGGCCAAGAUCUUCACAUGGUGGACAUUGAAGUAAUUGGGAAAAAGCCCCGUCUGAAUAAUCUUGCUAUCUCUGGUGUUUCUUCCUCUUCUCAACUUUCUAUGGAUGGCGCGAAUGGAAAUUUGGGUGGUUUGGCUAUGCUUUGGCAGAAGGAAAUUGUUGUAAAUUUGCGUGGUUUCUCUGAUAGAAUGAUCGAUGUAGAUGCUGAAUUAAAGAGUCAUUCAAUUCGGAUCACCGGAGUUUAUGGCCAACCUGAUGUGUCACUAAGAAGGGAAGCCUGGAAUAAGAUGAAGUCGAUGUUUGAUCCUGACCGAAAACCGUGGGUUUUAUUUGGUGAUUUAAUGAAGUUCUGA